GGUGGUCAUGUGGCCAGCUUAGAUGCAGACAAGAGGGGAGAAGAGGGACUUCUCUUGUGUUUUCCAAGAUGUUAGGAGUGAUUUCGCGAAAUUAAGUUUGCCUCAUAUUAUCAGGGACGAAGCAUGGCAGCGACUGGGCCGUAUAUAAUCUACAAAUCAUCUCAGUUCUGCGCUGCAGUGCGUUCCAAUGUUGGUCUUGACCAUCCACUUCGAAAGCGAAUACAAGAAGUCACAUUUUCUUUUCCGAAUGGUGAGAACACGAUGCCUCCCCGGCUCAAUCUGAAAAGUUUGACGACCGCGGUGAAUGUCAUCUGCCAGCAAGUCAGGGAACGAAAAGAACAAUUCUUAAUGAAGAGGCAGAAAUUAAAACAGACAAGGAGAGGAUUAGGCGAAGAUUUUUAUUCACAGACGAAAGGAAGCAAUGAGAGUUGCGAAAAUUCGACCAGCUUAACUUCAGACUCGAACAUUCGUCUUUUAGAAGCGGCUGGAUUUCUGUGGGAAAAGGAGCGAAUAACGGAUUAUGAAUUGUACAGGUGCAAAAAGGACAUCAGAUUGGAAAACACUAAAAAGAGGAAACGUGAGAAAGACAAUAGUAAUGGAGAAAAAUGGGAAAAGUUUAUAAAUCAGAAGCAGUUAGAGGUGUGGAGGAGGCCUGUUGAUACCACUGGCUUGUUUGAAUACAAAGUGUUUGGCACCUUCUUUGACAUCAAUGCAAUGUCCUUUUACAGAACACAGGUUGAUAAUGAAUACCGCAUAGCCUGGGACCAGUUUGUUUUGAAACUAGAUGUUGUUGAUUCAGAUCCUCUGAGUGGCAGUGAAGUUCUUCACUGGGUCACAAAAUUUCCUUACCCUCUGAGGAGUAGAGACUAUGUUUUUGUGAGAAGAGGAAAGAUUGAUCAUCGGUCAAUGACAAUGGUUCUGAUAUCAAGGGCAACUGAGCACCCUCUGUGUCCAGAAAAUGGUGAAUAUGUCCGAGUGCCAAGUUACAAUUCCAGCAUGGUUAUUUUACCACACAAAACAUUUGAUGAGGAUGGGUUUGACUUUGUCUUGUCAUACUUUGAUGAUCCAAAGACCAGCUUUCCAUCAUACUGCAUGAAUAUUUUGACAAGCUCAAAUCUUCCAUCCUUCAUUGAGACACUACACAGUGCAGCAGCUGGGUUAAAUCAAAGUCAAGAAAGAUCUCUGCAAGUUGGUUGACAGACUAUCGUUUCGUUACAAACCAAGUGUUAAGGAUAUAGGAAGUGUACAAAAUAGUGUACAUCAGUGUUGAGAAGAAGAUUCAAUGCAUUUCUCUGGGGAACUUAUCAAUUACUACAAAGUCAAACAAACACUUAUUUUUGCAUGGGAGACAUUACGACCCUUAACAACACAAGUGUGAUUGUCAACUGUGAUUGUUCAUUAGCAGUAGAAGUAGCUUGGAGUGUGCAACAUGAUUCAAGUUUGCUCUAGGAAACUAUUCAUGUUUGUAGACCUGAUGGCUAGUCAAUAACUCAAACUGCAAAGACUGUGUGAAUUGAACUUCAUGGAUGCGCCUGUACAGUCAGGGGUCAAGUGCAAUUAUUGGAAUAACUUUAUAGGAACACUCGAAGAGUUUCUGAUUUGUAUUUUCCAGUCCAAGAAAAUAUAUUUUUGGUAGUGCUCUGUCACUUAGUUUAGUACUAGUGAUACACCAUUAAAAAUUAUCAGAGGAAAAAA